GCGGUACAACUGCGCAAACUCGCAUCAAGCAGGAUGUUCGGCCGGUCUAAAAAAACCCUCAAACUCCACUCCCUCGUUUCAGAUGUAGCAAUUUGUAGUGCUGAAAAGGCAAAGCGAGAUGGAAUUUAUCGCCAUUCUGCUUAUUGUAAACCAUUUUUAAAAUUUUAAAUCUAUUUUCUAAAUUUUCAGUCAGAUUCUUCCUGCGCAAGGGUUGUCCCCGUGCAUGCCAAGAAAAUCGUCCCAAGAAGAAUUGACGGGAUCUGUGAAGAGCUGCUUUGCGAACUGCCUCGGCUUGAAAAGUGGACAAAUUUGUAACGUGGAUUACAAAACUGGAGGAAGCCCGGACGAGGAUUGUGCUGUGACGAGGCCAUUUCAACAGACCUUUCGUGUCUCGGACCAGAAAAUCAUGCUUUGUACUUUACACAAAAACUCUAAUGAGUACCGAAGAAUCAGGACGAUGGUGGAUUUGAACUUGUGCACGCAUUUUACUUUCGGAUCCUGGUAUUCGUACAACUCAACGGAAAAUAAACUAUAUCCAAAGAGAAACUUUAUAAUAAGGGAAAGGCCGGGGAAGGAGUACGCACAACAACGCCGCGGCAUAAAAUCAAUCAUGGUUUUUGGCAGCCUGAAAUCUGAUGAAUGGUCCAACGUUGCUGCGGAUCCGAAUUCGAGGAUGAAAUUAAUAGACCAAAUGAUCCAGAUAAUGGAGGAGGAAAAAUUUGAUGGUUUGGGCGUUGAUUGGCGGUUCAGUGCGUGCCCAGAUAGUGACUGUUCCAAAGGCAAGAGAAGAGACAAGGAAAAUUUAGUAACUCUGAUGAGAGAGCUUUUCCCAAUGACAAAGGAACGAGGGAAGUUGUUGCUUUUAUUGCUACCAAGUCCUGACAAGAUCUUGGACGCAGGAUACGAUUUAAAGGCAUUGUGGAAUUCUGUCGACUACUUUUACAUCUACACCCAUGGCUACACAGGACUGUGGAACAAUUAUUUCGACUAUCCAACAACUCAAUACUACAUUGGUGGCACCGUCAAUUCAUUGAAAGGAAGAAUUGGGCUCGCAAAGAUGAGGAAAGUGCUCGGCGGGUUUGCUCCCCAAGUUAUCCUUUAUGCUUUGGAAAAACCAAAUCCGAAGCCAGCAUUUAGAGAUUCUAUUAAGAAAGACCGAUCAUAUUAUGCAAACAUGUCGGAAUUGUGUCAAAAGGUCCAAUCAGAAAAUUACAAAAUAGUUCUGGAUGAUUUAAAAAAUAACUGCGCUCACAACACGACUCACGCUUACGUUUAUGAAGACUACAACACUCUCAAAGAAAAGAUUAAUCUUUUCAAAGCAAGUGGAGUCGGUGGAUUGGUUGUCGGAGAGUUGCUGGCAGACGAUGAAAUAAAUAAAUGUGGACGUGGUCCCAUGCCGAUACUCCGAAUCGCCUCGGAACUUUUUCAUGGCACUUCAUGUAUUAUUAAACAAUGUGUAAAUUGAUAGAAAAGUGCGCUUCCGUCUUCUCUAACGACACAAUAAAUUACCAAAGAAUUAAAUAAUUUUAUAGUACUUUUCACAUUUUUAGUGUGUAUAAUCGCUAUUUAAUUUUUUUAAAUAGCAUUAAUUUAAAAAUAAAAAAAGGUUGCAAUAUU